CCCUCCCUUCCCCCCUUCCUUUCCCCUUUCUUCGCCAUCCCAUCCUUCCCUCCAUCCUUUCUCCUACCUCCCUUCCCCGGCCUAGACGAUGCCGUGGUGGAGACAGCGGAGGAGGCCACGGAGCCCGCCGAGGCGGACAUCACGGGGCUGUGCCAGGACAUGUUCUCCAAAAUGGCCACGUACCUGACGGGCGAGCUCACAGCUACCAGUGAAGACUAUAAACUUCUGGAAAAUAUGAACAAACUGACUAGCUUGAAGUAUCUAGAAAUGAAAGAUAUUGCAGUAAACAUAAGUAGAAACCUAAAGGACUUAAACCAGAAAUAUGCAGCACUUCAGCCUUAUUUGGAUCAGAUCACUCUAAUUGAGGAGCAAGUAGCAGCUCUUGAGCAGGCAGCUUACAAAUUGGAUGCAUAUUCAAAGAAACUAGAAGCAAAGUACAAGAAGUUAGAGAGGCGAUGAAAGAAUUCUUUAGCUCAGACUU